GGGAGAAAGAGAUCAGUGUCGCCUCUGCUGGAGUCCCGAGCUCAGCGCUACCGAGUACGACAACCCGGGGGGAAACUAAAAGACAAACCGGAAUCUAAAGCUUUAAUCGCGUUUUUUUUAAGAGAGAAAAUCAGCAAAAUCUGUGCGUUUAACGGAACGGUUUGAAUGAAACGUGCAUUUGAGAUGAAUCUCAGUGUUUAAGCUGAAAUCCUCCGCUGGAACAAAGGACACAGGACUCGGGGGCGAGAAAACACCCUGCUGAUUGUGUGUUUAAACAUUCCUGUUUUAUUGAAGAAGAAGAAAAACAGAUACACACACAUCUGCUAAACUCGCACAGAAGCAGAGCAAAGCGGCUGCACACACUUUGAGGAUUUCUACGGUUUGCAGAGAGAUUUGCUGCAGUUUGUGUCGGUGAUCGGUGUGUGUGUGUGUGUGUUGAGGAUGAUCAGGACCCCCAGACGCGUGUCUCCGGCCUCAGCCCGGGCCCCAGGCGUUCUGUCCUGCCCGCAGAAGAAGCUCUUCUCCGGAGUCAGAGCUGACCUACUGAGCCCGGGACUCGUCAGUCCGCCCGUGAGCUCGGUGCCGCUCGGAUACUUCACACAGCUCGGGAACACACCGGCGACCGAGCGGAGAGGCGCAGACUGCCUGUACGCCACCCCGCACAGAGCACGAGCGCAGCAUGGCCGCCAGCCCUCCACCCGGCUCCCGGCAAAGAGGCGGUUGGAUUUGGAGGAUCCACUCUAUCACCCUGAUUUCCGAACACCCAAAGGAAAAGGGAACACGCCCACGGCACGACUCUCCAGCCCGAGGACACCGAAGUCUCCAGGUGAGCGAACGCGCUACGACACCUCCCUCGGCUUGCUCACCAAGAAGUUCGUGGGGCUGCUGAGCGAGUCGGCCGACGGCGUUCUGGACCUGAACUGGGCCACCGAAGUGCUGGAGGUGCAGAAGAGGAGGAUCUACGACAUCACCAACGUGCUGGAGGGAGUUAAGCUCAUCCGCAAGAAAUCCAAGAACCACAUUCAGUGGCUGGUGACUGGAGUGUUUGAAGGCUCUGCGAGUGCUUCGGCACAGACCAACGCUCUCCAGAGAGAACUCGCUGAGCUGGACAGAAAGGAGAACGCUCUGGAUGACCUCAUCCAGUCCAGCACCAAUCAGCUCCGAGACCUGACUGAAAACAAGGACAACCAAAGGUUUGGAUACGUGACGUAUCAGGACAUUCGGUCCAUAUCGAGUCUGCAGGAUCAGACGGUGAUCGCAGUUAAAGCUCCGUCUGAGACAAAGCUGGAGGUUCCAGAGGCGUCUGAGCAGGGGUCUAUGCAGAUCUACCUGAAGAGUAAAAACGGUGCUAUCGAGGUGUAUCUGUGUCCGGAGGAGGUGCUUGAGGACGAAAGCCCAGUGAAGGGAAGCUCUGCCAGGAAGGACCACUCGUAUGGCAUCCCGCACAACGCGCCAUCUCAUCCGAACACGCACAAGCCGCAGCACAGCCUAGAAGCUACACCGUCUAAACCCCAGGUCCCCAGUUGCGGUAGCGGUAACAGUAGCGGCUCCCCCCUGAUGGAUGUCGAGGGCAUUCUGGGGCUCCCUCCCAGCCUGCUGCAGAUGACCGAAGACCAACUCCCGUGCACAGCCUUGACCUCUGACCCCUCCUUCGUCAGUUUCUCACCUCCUCUUGAUCACGAUGACUACCUCUGGGGGCUGGAGGAUGGAGAGGGGGUUUCGGACUUUUUCUCCAACUACGAUCUGGGGGAUCUGCUCCAGAGCUGAGGGCGUGGCCUGCAGUCCGGGUGUGAAAUGGUCCGAACAGUUUUUAGCUGUGUGUAAGGAGGGACAGUCCUUAUUUUCAUUUUAAAUAUGGACUACUCUUUUUAAUUUUUCCCUAGGUGCCACUAGAAAUGUGUUGGAAAAGUGAGAAAAUGAAAUUUCGUGAAAGUUGUUUUUUUCCUCCAAAAAAAAGUAUCACGUUAUAAGUUUUGUUUGUUUGUUUGUUUUUUAGAAAUAAGAUUUCCGGGUUUUAAUUCGACUCUACGAUGAGGAUCUCAGAAACUCCAUGCUGAUCCUCAGACCUGAACUUGAAUCCCAUAGCGCCCCCUAGAGGAGUUUUUUUUUUUACAUGGUUUUAAUUAAGAUAAAGUAUGACAGACGAGAUCAGAUAAGUUUAUCUCAUGUGUAGUCUUUUAGGACAAAAUCUGAAUAUUUGAAUGAAAUCUCACCAUGUUUCCCAGUCCUCCUCUUCCUCUUCAUCCUCCUCCUCCUCCUUCUUCUUCUUCUUUACAUUUUGAUGUGUCUGCUCUAAAACACCCAGGGUAAGCUCACAAGUGCCUCGAAAUGCACAAAUGCGGUGUCAUAGAGCUGGAAAAACAUUCAAAUGUUAAGUGGAAGUGGGGAAACAUGAACUAGAUGGGACACGGUGAACAAUAGUUCGGCUACGGAGCCAUAAGUGAUUUGCUAGAGCCAUAGUUAUUUAGGUAGCUAGUUACGCUUAAUUAGUUUAUGGCAGUAGAUAUUUUCUGAACAAAGAUAUUUUUGUACCUUGUUAUGUAAUUUAGCAAAAAAAAAAAAAAAAAAGACUAGAAUUAUAGGGCAUUUUAGUUGGUACAUAUUCUAUAGUGUUUCCUGUAGGUCAGCUGAACAUGCCUUGUGUUUAUUAUUUCAGUUUUUAAAUUGAAACUCAGGAAUUUUUAUGUUUAUGUUUUUUUAUGAUGUCCAAAGAUAAACAUUUGUACUGUUUUUUUUUAUUUAUAAUAAUAAUAAUUAUUAUUAUUAUUUUUAUUUGAUUAUAUCCAUUUGGCCACCAGAGGGCAGCAGUAGGCUAGCUUGAUUUUAAUGGUGCUUCUUGAAAAAAGGGUCUUUCUUUGUAACUGGUGAAAGAUAUGUACCAAAGGUACAAAAUGUUAAGCGUACCACCCCAGUCAUGAGAAAUGAGAAAUGCCGGUAUCUUAGUUUAACAGUACCCUGUUUUCUAAAUGAAGCCAGUAUUUCAUCUCCGAUAGAAGAGAAAAACCUAGUGAGACACGUACGCAAUAUGAAAUCGUGCCUGUGAAGUCCAGAUCUGGCCUCGAGCUGCGUAAUCCAGAAUAAUCUAGCUCUCUAGCGCUAUUCUUGCUACCUCUCAGAUUAGACUGUGAGUGCGUUAACCGCUUCAACACCAAGGAUGUACCGUGUUUUGGCAGCUAGGAGUUCAUCCGUAUGGGAUCCUUUUGUGUCCUUUUUUUAGUCGUUUUAUAUUAUUUUUUAUAUACACAAGUGUGCGUCAGUCUAUUGAUCUGAAAUUUUAAAAAUUUAUUCAGAUAAACAAGAUAUUUCAGAGAAACCAGAGACGGAAGAUUUGCUGCAAAUGCAGUCAAUACGGUCGGGACGGAUUAUUUUUAGGACUUAAUCAUCUCAUCAGUGCCACCGUUAUAAUGAAUAAGUUGUUAUAAUGAAUAAGUUGUUAUAAUGAUGAAGUGUGAAAUCCACGAGAAACGUUUCUCUAUUGGAUUUUUGUUUGUUUGUUUGUUUGUUUUUUCAUUCAUGAAGUGACUGAUUUUUGGCAUGCACUUAAAUAGUAUGUAUUGAUCAUAUUACUUUAUAAUUCCCCUUUAUUUUACAUUAGAACACUUUCUUUGCAAAAUAAUUUGAGUGUGGUGACAUAUUAAGUAAAUUUUUUUUCUUUUAAAUAUCACUUUAAAAAAAAAAACAGGGUUGAAUUUUAAAUACAUACAGUACCUUAAAAAAGUCUUGAGACCCCCCUUCAGAAAAUCGUUCAUACAGGUUUAAACUGGUUGUUUAUGUAACAGCCUGAGCAGCGACCUCAUUUCCACUCUCGUCUGUUCCAUCAUCAUAUGCACCUGUUUCUCACUGGUUUAUGGCUUUAAGUUAGAUGCGUUUUAUGCUCAGAGACUAGACUGAAAAAGCUUGCCAAAAAUGCGAGCCAAGAAAGUCGUUCAGGAAGCCUGGAGAGCUCUUCCUCGAGAUUACAAUAAAAAUACAGGAAAGUCUGGCAAAAUACAGUAUAAAGAAGGGG